AUGCAAAUGAAUUACUUAAAUAAUUUAUCCUUUGUUAUUAAUUCAUCGGAAGUUCGCGCUUUAAAAUUAGCCUUUGGUAUUGAUACACCAACAGAAGACAAUUUAUUUGCUGUAGACAUUACAGACAAUUUCAUAGAUGAAAACAAUAAAGGUGAAAGUCAAGCAGCGAAGAAGAUCACUGUUAGGCUAUUUCUUAAACCAAAUGAAACUGUUCUAUUGCCAAUUAAAUAUGAAGAAUACACAAUGUUUCCUAAUAUUAAACAAUAUCAAGGUGUAGAUGAAAGAAAUCUCUCAGAAUUUACUUCAAAUAUUGAAGAUGAACCAAAAGAAAUGAAGCGUGUUGCACAGAUAAUUUUCAAAUCAACUACAUAUGGAAAAAUAAUAUCACAAUUAACUCUUCAUAUUCAUAUCCGGCCACCAAUAAUUGAUCAGAGUUUUCGAUGUUUUCAUCCUGAAUUAAGUUUCUUGAAGAAAAUUUUACGUCUUCCUCGAAGUGCUAUAGACUGGAGGAAUAUUUCUGCUGCCAAACAAAAUACAAUUCAACAGACUAACCAUCAGCUGUGGACUAGAGUUUCUGAUCCAGAUGUUUUGACUUUAUCGAAUGUCCAGGGGGAUACAGUUGAUAUAUUGAUUAAAGUGCGUGAAUUUCUUAUCAGUGUCUAUAUAGAACCUUUUCAAAUUCGUCCAGCGUAUAUCUGGCACUGGGCUGUACAUUCACUUCAACGAGUCGAUGCUAUUGCAACAGUUGGACAGUUAUCCGCUCCAUUAGGAUUAUUAUUACGUACAGAUGACUGUUCUCCAAAUAUUGGUACAAAACGUGUCAGUGUAUACACUAGUCAUCCCAACGAAGUUAUAAUUGGUACAGAAUUUAAUUCAAGUAGCUUUCAACAGAAUCCUAUGGGGAAAGAAUUGACAUUAUCUGUUUCAUCACGUUCUGUUUAUGAAUUGAAGGUUGGUUUAUUUUGUUAA